CAUGUUUCAAAUUACCUAAUCAAUUGAAAUAAUACUCAAUAAAUUAAUUAUAAAUAAUAAUUAAAUAUUAAAAUAGAUAGGUUAAAUUACUGUCGUGUUAGUAGAUGUCAGCAGAUGUGGCUAGAGCUCACGGUGGAGACGCUGGCGGUGAUCCUCCACCGGAUCCUACUAGGAUCCCAACUACAUGCGAGUCAGAAAUCCCAACUAAGAAAAAGGGUCGUGGCGUAGCUAUUGGAAAAGAUCUAGAGGCGAGGCGGCGUAAAAAUGGAAAACCACUGGAAGUAGCGUUUUGCCCACGAACGUACAAGAUUGUUGGGGGCGAGCACGCUGCUUUUGUCCGCCUUGUGGGAACCCAAAUUAAAACGAAAGUUCCCGGACAUUACAGUUCAUGGGAAUUAGUGCCUAAACAAUACAAGGAUCAGGUCCUUGGCAUAAUUCAGUACUAUUAUCAAAUAGCGGGUCGCGAGGAUUUCUUAAAGUGUUUAGAUGGUAUCGAUCGAGAGACGAAAGACCGAUACCGUAAUAGGAAAACACUAAGACACGAACACUUUGAGAAACACUACAAUGGACCGGAGGAUUGAGAUAAGGUUCUAAACAACCCAACCAAUGAUGUUAACAAGGAGGAGUGGAAGCAGAUCUGUCAGUUAUUUACAAGUCCACAAUUUAUUGCGCGCUCCAUAAAGAAUAAGGAAAAUCAGAAGAAACAAAAGUAUUCUACAACGCAGGGUACAAAAUCGCUAGCAGCUGUCCAUUUUGAAAAAACGAACUCGGACCUCAUUGAGUCAUGGAAGGAUUAUCAUUGGAAGAAAGCAACAAAUGAUUUCGUGAACGAUGAUGCUCGCCAAGAUUAU